AUGACCAACCGCAUGGUCCCCUCUCCCCUCCCUCCCCCGACUCCCCACCUCCCCUCCUUCCUAAUCUUUCUUCCCAUCGCCCUUGCAGCGGGGCCCAUCUCAUAUGAGUCACCCCUGGACAUAGUGCUGUACCCGGACCCGCGCUUGAGGGCGCCCAACAAGCGAGUGAACGUCUUUGAUGAGUCGCUGCAGAAGCUUGUAGCGGAGAUGUUCGAUGUCAUGUACAGGACGGAGGGCGUGGGGCUGUCAGCGCCACAGGUGGGCGUGAACGUGCGCCUGAUGGUGUACAACCCGGUGGGCGAGAGGGGCAAGGGCGUUGAGAUGGUGCUCGUGAACCCGCGCAUUGUCAAGUACGCCAAGGCACGGGAUGUUAUCGAGGAGGGCUGCCUCUCCUUCCCUAAGAUCUACGCUGAUGUUGAGUAUGCCAAGGCACGGGAUGUUAUCGAGGAGGGCUGCCUCUCCUUCCCUGUCAAGAUCUACGCUGACGUCGAGCGGCCAAUGGGUGUGAAGGUGGAUGCUCAGGAUAUCAACGGCCGGAAAUUCAGCAUCAGUCUGAAAGAGUGGCAGGCACGCAUAUUCCAACAUGAGUACGAUCACCUUGAGGAUCUGGAGGACAAGUAUGCUGAAGCCACUGGUGCUCCACCGCCUGAGUCGGUUGCUAAAAGACCAGCUGCUACCAAUGCUGAUGUGACAUCGGCAACGGACGGCACAGUGCCCAACACCCUUGUGGUCUCCAACGCGUAUGUCGUCAAGCCUCGUGUAGCCGCCCCUCGGGAUAUCUGCCGGUUCAAGUGCGUCAGGCGGUCGCCCUUUGUGCGCAAGUUUAAGACCAUCGUGCAUCCGGGCGAGUUCAAGUACGACAGGCGGUCGCCCUUUGUGCGCAAGUUCAAGACGAUCGUGCACCCGGGGGAGGUGAACCGCAUCCGAGAGCUCGUGCAGAACCGCAACAUCAUCUUCACCCACACAGACAGCCCUGAUGUGCUCAUGUGGCACGUGGAGCGCCACCCCUUCUGCACUCCUUCUUUCAACACCCCCGCCUCCACUCCUGACCUGGUAUGUCAGAGGUGA